UAGAUCUAGACUAGUAUGACUAGUUACACUGACAGUCAUGAUUCAGUGUCAGUGGUCACUGUCGUUAUCGGACUUUUGCUAUGUCAUGUUUUUCUUGUUACAUUUAUAGUUACAGUUUAUUUAUUUCGGACAUUACAUGAAUUCGGACAUUCGCUGUUUUUUGUGAUUCUAAAAAUGUCUAAUUUAGAUGGCAUUAAUUUAUUCAGCGGAGCAAAAGUUCUUUUGCUAUGGGCAGGAGAGCAAAUGUCGAUACAGAUGCAAGAGUUUGCAAGCUCCAUAUCCAAUCAAAUUAGAUCUGGUGAAGAAGGAAAAAUUCAACUGGAACACAUUGAAAGACUCAAAUUAUCUUCACAUCCUAACUCAGGUUUUGAUGUUGUGCUUUCUGGUCUUGUCAACCCUUUGCUAAUCCAACACACAGUAGACAUACUUGGUGAAAUAUGUCGUGUACUGAAACCACAAGGAAAACUUUACAUUCAGGAACUUUGUCUCCCCCUGGACACACAAGCUGAAACUGGGAUUAAAACAAAAGAGAAGUUUAUAUCAUUACUAAAACUUGCAGGCUUUGUUAAUAUAUCUCAGCCUCGUGAAGUUUCUUUAGAUGAUGAUGAAAAGUUGGAGCUGAAACAGAAGUUUGAAUCUCAGACAGAAAGUGUCAUCAUUAGGUUAGAGGCACAGAAACCAAGUUAUGAAGUGGGCUCAUCAUCACAGCUAAAACUGGCCUUCAAAUCCAAACCCGCUGCUAAGGUGGAUGACAAAGUGGCCAAAGUUUGGGCUUUGAAUUCUUCAGAUUUAUUAGACGACAAUGUUGACCUGGUCAAUCAAGAUGACUUGUUGGAUGAAAAUGAUUUGAAGAAACCAGAUCCAGCAAGUCUUAAAUUUGACUGUGGCAGUGGACCUGCCAAGAAGAAAGCUUGUAAAAACUGUACCUGCGGCUUGGCAGAAGAACUUGAGAAAGAAAAGCAGCCAGUGACAACGACCAAGACCUCAGCUUGUGGAAAUUGCUACCUCGGAGAUGCUUUCAGAUGUGCUAGCUGCCCAUACUUAGGCAUGCCUGCCUUUAAACCAGGGGAAAAAAUUCAGUUGACUAACCAACAGUUGAAGGCAGAUUCUUAAAAUUGAGCUUUACCAAUGAUGUCAGUUAAAUAUGUUUUUUGCCUCAUUCACAGCCAAAACAUUUCCUGCAUUCAAAUGAAGAAUGCUCAGAGAAAACAGUUCUUGAAGACUGCAGAAUUGUUUAUGAACAUAAUAAAAUGUUAAAAAUA